AAUAAACAACUGCCGUUGAAAUCCGAACUAUGCCAAAUGACACAGAUCAGGAUUUAUUUAGCACGAGUGUUUUUACCUCGACACCGCAACAACAAACCGCAGUAUAAACAUGACAAAGCAUCGAGCCUUAGUGACUGGUGCCUCUGGCUUACUGGGUAGAGCGAUCAUGAAGGAUUUUUGUGCAUCUCCUGACUGGGAUGUUCUUGGACUGGCAUUUUCCCGCGCACGUGAUGGUCUUAAAAAAGUUGAUUUGUCAGACAAAAAUGCUGUCACUGAUGUCGUCAAUGACUUUAAGCCAGAUGUUAUCAUACACAGUGCAGCAGAAAGGAGGGUAGAUGUGAUUGAGAAAACUCCGGAAGCUGCGAAAAAAGUCAAUCUUGAUGCUACACAAUUUAUAUGUGAAGCUGCAGCUGGUGUGAAAGCAUGGGUGUUAUUUAUCAGUACAGAUUAUGUGUUUGAUGGAAAGAACCCGCCAUACAAAGUAACAGAUGAACCAAAUCCAUUAAAUCUUUAUGCUAAAAGUAAACUAGAGGGAGAGAAGAUUACGCUUAGGGUUAAUCCAGAUAAUGGUGUGUUACGUGUACCAAUUCUGUAUGGUGAAAUAGAAGAGCUUUCAGAAAGUGCUGUGACGGUUUUGUUUGCUAAGGUCAAGGACACAUCGUGUAAAGCGCCGAUGGAUGCGAAACUACUCAGGUUUCCUACACUUGUCGAUGACCUUGGAUUUGUAAUUAGAAAAUUGUCAGAAAGAAGAUUAGAGGAUCCUGCAAUCACAGGAAUCUUUCACUGGGCCAGUGAUGAAGUUAUGACCAAAUAUGAUAUGGCAAUGAAUAUGGCAAAAGCUUUCGGUAUGUCAACAGACCAUAUUGUACCAGAGACAUCCUCGGCUAGUGCUGCUAACAGACCAGAAAACUCACAGUUAGACUGUAGUCGAAUCGAAGAGCUUGGCAUCUGUAAAAGGACAAAGUUUUCAGAUUGUAUAGUGAAUAUUUUGAAACCUUUUCUUUGAGAAGUGGAGUGAAAUACUUGGGACUCAAUUUGGUGCAAAAUUUAAGAGGUUUGUAGGAUAGGGGUGUUUUCAGGAGUAAUCAGAUGGUUAUGUGUUUUUAGAUUUGUAUGAUGAACUGUGAUGUAACAUCUAAUGUGCCACCUAUUUCUACUUUAUUGAAGAAAAUGGACAAAAAAUACUAUAUUCAUGUGAAGGAUGACAGUGAAUAGUAGUGUAAGCAGACUGUACCCGGUGAGAAGUGUUUCCGCCAUUUUGCUGCAGAAAUAGCCUGCUGAGAUCAGAUCCUGCUUGUUGCAAAAACUGUCAGGGGAAACUUGAAAAUAUGACUGAUGCAAAAAAGAAUAUGUAAGUUUUGGUUGCUUUGAAGUGCAAAAAUAGGUUGUGAUGUCCUUAAUUAUAUAAGUUAAAUUCUUCAAUACACUUGUUGGAAUAUAACAUGGUUAUACUACAGCAAGAAGUUGCAGUUUACUCCUCCAUUGAAUCAAAAUUUUGAUGCUAGUCAUGAGAAAAAUUAUGUACAUUUGAAAAUGAAGAAAUUUGUAGCCAUUUUGUUUUUGCGGCAAAAAAAAUGGCUGAUUGAAUUUAUUUUUAGCUCACCUGUCACAAAGUGACAAGGUGAGCUUUUGUGAUCGCGCGGUGUCCGUCGUCCGUCGUCCGUCCGUGCGUCCGUGCGUCCGUGCGUCCGUGCGUCCGUAAACUUUUGCUUGUGACCACUCUAGAGGUCACAUUUUUCAUGGGAUCUUUAUGAAAGUUGGUCAGAAUGUUCAUCUUGAUGAUAUCUAGGUCAAGUUCGAAACUGGGUCACGUGCCAUCAAAAACUAUGUCAGUAGGUCUAAAAAUAGAAAAACCUUGUGACCUCUCUAGAGGCCAUAUAUUUCAUAAGAUCUUCAUGAAAAUUGGUCAGAAUGUUCACCUUGAUGAUAUCUAGGUCAAGUUCGAAACUGGGUCACGUGGGUUCAAAAACUAGGUCAGUAGGUCUAAAAAUAGAAAAACCUUGUGACCUCUCUAGAGGCCAUAUUUUUCAUGAUAUCUUUAUGAAUAUUGGUCAGAAUGUUUACCUUGAUGAUAUCUAGGUCAGGUUCGAAACUGGGUCACGUAGGGUCAAAAACUAGGUCAUUAGGUCUAAAAAUAGAAAAACCUUGUGACCUCUCUAGAGGCCAUAUUUCUCAAUGGAUCUUCAUGAAAAUUGGUCAGAAUGUUCACCUUGAUGAUAUCUAGGUCAAGUUCGAAACUGGGUCACGUGGGGUUAAAAACUAGGUCAGUAGAUCUAAAAAUAGAAAAACCUUGUGACCUCUCUAGAGGCCAUAUUUUUCAUGAGAUCUUCAUGAAUAUUGGUCAGAAUGUUCACCUUGACGAUAUCUAGGUCAAGUUCGAAACUGGUUCAUGUGGGGUCAAAAACUAGGUCAGUAGAUCUAAAAAUAGAAAAACCUUGUGACCUCUCUAGAGGCCAUAUUUCUCAAUGGAUCUUCAUGAAAAUUGGUCAGAAUGUUCACCUUGAUGAUAUCUAGGUCAAGUUCGAAACUGGUUCACGUGGGGUUAAAAACUAGGUCAGUAGAUCUAAAAAUAGAAAAACCUUGUGACCUCUCUAGAGGCCAUAUUUUUCAUGAGAUCUUCAUGAAUAUUGGUCAGAAUGUUCACCUUGAUGAUAUCUAGGUCAAGUUCGAAACUGGUUCAUGUGGGGUCAAAAACUAGGUCAGUAGAUCUAAAAAUAGAAAAACCUUGUGACCUCUCUAGAGGCCAUAUUUCUCAAUGGAUCUUCAUGAAAAUUGGUCAGAAUGUUCAUCUUGAUGAUAUCUAGGUCAAGUUCGAAACUGGGUCACGUGCGGUCAAAAACUAGGUCAGUAGGUCUAAAAAUAGGAAAACCUUGUGACCUCUCUAGAGGCGAUAUUUUUCAAUGGAUCUUCAUGAAAAUUGGUCAGGGUGUUUACCUUGAAGAUAUCUAGGUCAGGUUCGAAACUGGGUCACGUGGGUUUAAAAACUAGGUCAGUAGAUCUAAAAAUAGAAAAACCUUGUGACCUCUCUAGAGGCCAUAUUUUUCAUGAGAUCUUCAUGAUUAUUGGUCAGAAUGUUCACCUUGAUAAUAUCUAAGUCAAGUUCGAAACUGGGUCACGUGGGGUUAAAAACUAGGUCAGUAGGUCUAAAAAUAGAAAAAACCUUGUGACCUCUCUAGAGGCCAUAUUUCUCAACGGAUCUUCAUGAAAAUUGGUGAGAAUGUUCAGCUUGAUGAUAUCUAGAUCAGGUUUGUAACUGGGUCAUGUGCGGUCAAAAACUAGGUCAGUAGGUCGAAAAAUAGAAAAACCUUGUGACCUCUCUAGAGGCCAUAUUUUUCAGGAGAUCUUCAUGAAAAUUGGUGAGAAUGUUCACCUUGAUGAUAUCUAGGUCAAGUUUAAAAGUGGGUCACGUGCCUUCAAAAACUAGGCCAUUAGGUCAAAUAAUAGAAAAACCUUGUGACCUCUCUAGAGGCCAUAUUUUUCAAUGGAUCUUCAUGAAAAUUGAUCAGAAUUUUUUAUCUUGAUGAUAUCUAGGUCACAUGUGCUCAAAAACUAGGUCACUAUGUCAAAUAAUAGAAAUAAUGACGUCAUACUCAGUUCAACACUGGGUCAUGUGGGGAUAGGUGAGCGAUUCAGGACCAUCAUGGUCCUCUUGUUGAAAUAUACAUUUAAGAAAACAUUCUCAAUUUACAAAAUGAUAAAAAAAAACUGCACUUGCAUUUCAGUAAGUGAGCUAGGUUCAAAUAUAAUGUCCGAAACCUAUGGAAUUACAUACAUGUAUAAUAAGUCAACCAUUCAGAGGAAAUAUUUGAUAAAUAUUUUCAAAUUCAGACCGUGUUGUUACUAACUUCAAAAUGGCUGCCCCAGUUUUCUGCCAUUUUCUGAAAAUUUGAAGUAGUAAUGAUCUGAUUUUUAAAAAACAAAUAUGUGUUAUAAAUGGCAGAGGGAGGGAUCUUGUAAUUAUAUAUGAGCCGCGCCAUGAGAAAACCAACAUAGUGGGUUUGCAAUCAGCAUGGAUCCAGACCAGCCUGCGCAUCCGCACAGCUUUAAAAGCGAACAGCAUGGAUCCUGACCAGACUGUGCGAAUGCGCAGGCUGGUCUGGAUCCAUGCUGGUCGCAAACCCACUAUGUUGUUUUCUCAUGGCACGGCUCAUGUUUCUUUCCUUUUAAGUAGACAGUUUGAACAAAAAAAAUAUACAGGGUUUUUGAAGUAGACAGUAUACAAGGGUUUUUAAGUUGAAAGUUAGAACAGAAACUGUAGAGGGAUUUUGAAGCGGGAAGUUUAAUGGGUUUUUGGAGUAUAGAGUUGGAACUAGAAAAUAUACAGGGGUUUUGAAGUAGAUAGUUUGAACCGUAUGGUACAUAUAGACUGUGUUUAAUUGCAUUCUUGAAAGUUUUCUUUAAUUGACGAGUCAGAUCUUCUGGCAUUUGUUUUUCCCCACUGAACAGGGUUUGAAGUAUAUCAUGUUUUUAAAAUUCAGUUUCAGGCCAAAAUUUUUACCUUUUCCAUGGUACUUCUGUCUGAUAGGUAUUAGAACUGUUGAUGAAAUUUAAAGUUCUAAAUGAAGUCAAUCGUUUAGAAACAUUAUACAGAUUGCAGGACAAUCGCAAAGAAUCAUGUAUUUUGUUUCCCACUUUGAAGAUCGGUAUAUUGUUCUGCUCAUGCCCAUCGGUAGAUCAUCUGGUUUUGUAUCAACGACAUAAGAAGACUUGGGCAAUGCAGCCUUGAAAUAUUAUAGGUCUGCAGUCAACAGAUGACCCCGUUUGUUAUGGGGGUCAGUAGGUCAAGGUUACAUUGACCUUGGGACUGAAAAUAGUUUCUAAUCAAUAACUGGAAAAUGAAUAUUUGGCCAUCAGUACGUAAACUUCACAUGAUUGUCUGUGAUCAGGAACAGAACAGAGCAUAUCUUUUAUUUCACCCAGGCACUUUACAAUACAACAUGGGGUAUAAAACACAAUGGUGAUAUACCAUUUAUAUUUGAAUGAGGUCAUAGUCACAGUGACCUUGAUACUUAAAGAGUGAGUGAGUUGGGUUUUACGGUGAAUCAACACAAAAUGGUCAUAUAUCGCCGAAUUGAUACUUAAGAUGGUUUCAGAUAGGUAAGUUGGAAAGUUGACAAACUUCAUUGCUUCAUAAUUAGCUGUUGUAAGCAUAUAUGGUCCUUAUGCCACGUAAUAGGUCAAAGGUGAAGGUCAGAGUGACUGUGACCUUGAAAGUGGUCUAGGAUCAAUAACUGCGAAAUGCUAUAGUCUGCAGCAGUCAGAUCUUGUAGAAUGAUUGACUUUAGUCACUAUGUCAAAUUUUAAAGUCACAGACAACAUGAGACUGGCAUUGGUGUCUCAUUGGUAAUUGAAGAACUAACUAGUUAUUUGAUGACUUUGUCUGUUUUGGUGUCAUUAAGGGCAAGGGCUAAAAUGGUCUACCAAAAAUUGAAUUUCAAGCAUUCAAAAUUUAUAGGAUGGUGUCAUGUGGUCAGUAAAUUGCCCGAAUUGUUUUUAAGGGUCACUAGGUCAAAGAAUGAAGGGCACAGUGUUAAAAAAUAUUUGAGACUGAAAACUACAUAUCCAGUUACCUCCAGUUGGUCAUCACUGGGGUUGGGAGGGCAUAUGUGUUUAACAGACAGCUGUGUUUAGCAUGCCUGUUGAUUCAAAGACAUGUAAUAGCAUAUUUGUUUUUUUAUGUUUUUGAAUGUCUUCCUGUUUUCAUGAAGCUUAUAUGUUAUAAAGUCAGUUUUUAAAAGUAUUUUUGACUCGGUAUUUUAUCUUUACGUUCUUUUGUUUGUUGUUGGGAGGAAAAAUUAGUAUAAAUAAAUAUAUAUGGAAGAAAUAAAAUAAAAUGAAACCAUGUAUACAA